AUGCCUCCAAGCCAGUAUCAUAAGCCAGAAACUGCCUUGACCAAGGCGAGAGAACUUAUAAAAUGUGACAAAAAAGCAAAUGCUUUAGAAAUUCUAUACGAAGUGAUGCGUGUUCGUCGACCUAAACAAUGGCAAAAAGUGUUGGAAGAAUUAAUGAUGUUGUUUGUGGAACUUUGCGUGGAACUUCGUAAGAAUAUGCAUUUUAGAAAAGCAAUUUAUCAUUAUAAAAGUAUGAGUGUCACGGAAAAUACAAUUUCACUUGAACAAGUUAUACGUUACUAUUUAAAUCAAAUUAAAAGUAAAACAGAAGAAGCACAAGAAGUAUCAAAAAGUGCUAUUAUGGAAAUUGAAGAUUUAGAUAUAUUAGAAACUCCAGAAAGUCUCAUGUUGAAUGCAGUCAGUAUGGAAGGUACACAAGAUCGAUCUGCAAGAACAAUUCUAAUGCCAUGGUUGAAAUUUCUAUGGGAUUCUUAUCGUCUAGUGUUAGAUUUAUUGCGUAGUAAUUCUAAAUUAGAAAAAUUAUAUCAUGAAGUAGCUCAUGAUGCUUAUAACUUUUGUUUAAAGUUUGGUCGAAAAACUGAAUUCAAAAAACUCUGUGAAUUGAUUCGACAACAUACACAAAAAGUUCAAAAUCAACCACAACCGAAUGCACCGAAUGCUAUUAAUUUAAACAAUGCCGAAACACAAACAUUACAUUUGGAGACAAGAUUAAGACAAUUAGAUUGUGCUAUGGAAUUAGAUAUGUAUAAUGAAGCAUUUAAAACAGUUGAAGAUAUUUGGAGUUUUAUGAUGAUUUCACGUAUCCAUGCUAUGCCUUCAUUAAUGACUAAUUAUUAUUCAAAAACAGCGGAACUAUUUCGACGAUGCGGUAGUCAUUUAUAUCAUGCAGCUGCAUUACACAAACUUUAUACAUUAUAUCGUGAUCAAAAAAAGAAUUUGACACGUGAAGAAUUAUCGAAUAUUGGAUCACGUGUACUUUGUGCCACUGUAGCUAUCCCACUGCCGAAUGCUAAAGUGAAUGCGGAUAAAUUUCUAUCUGGUGAAUAUACUAUUAUGAAACAGAAAACACUUGCUGGACUUUUAGGUCUUAUUCAAGUACCAACUCGUCAAAGUUUAAUACGUGAUCUAGUACGGCAUAAAGUACACACAGUUGUUCCAUUGAAUUUGGCUAAAUUGUAUCAAGUGUUAGAAGCAGAUUUUCAACCAUUGAAACUAUGGGAACUUGUUCAACCAGCACUUGCACAUAUGACUACUACGGCAAAUCUUCAAGUGUACAUUACGCAAUUGCAUGAUGUAAUUGUAGCCAAAACAUUGUUACAAUUAUCACAAGUUUAUCAAAGUCUGAAUUUUGAUGAAUUUGUUAAAUUGUGUCCAUUUAUGGAACCGAUUCGAUUGGAAAGAAUUGUGAUUGAAUUAAUUCAUAAUUUAGAAUUACCUAUACGUGUGAAUCAUUUACAACAAGCGAUAUUUUUUGAUAAAUUCACUGAUUUAGGCAUAAGUCAAUGUGAAUAUGGUGGACAGUUAGUAUCACAGUCAACCCAUGUAAAUGAUCCCGACAAAUUGUCUCGUCAAUUGACAAUGUUUGCUCAAGUGAUGCAACAAAUCACUGAUAUACUAGAAGUCGGCCAAUCAUUAUCUAAUUGUCGACGUGCCCUUGUAAAUGAUUAUCGAAAAAAUGAAAAAGCUAUACGUAGUGAAUUACUGAAUCGACGUUGUUUAAUUGAAGCACGAAAAGAAGAAAUUGAAACGUAUCAUUGUAAACGAGAUCAAUACUACAGUAUUGUUGAAGCAAAACGUCAAGCUGAACAAGAACGUUUAUUAAAAGCAGAAGAAACUAAUUUAGCCAAUGAAGCAAUACAACGUGAACGUAUGAAAACGGAAGAUGAAAAAACUCGUCUUAAACUAAGAAUGGCACGUACCAGUUUGAAAAUGUUUUUAGAUUUGAAAAUCGACACAAAAUUGGAUUUGAAAGAAUUAACUGAAGAACAAUUGGAAAACUUUGAUGCUGAUAAACUUAUCAAUAAACAAAAACAAGAAGUAAAGAAAAAACGUAAAGAAUUAGCUGAAAAAGCUAAAACAAUGGCAAAAAAAUUAGACUAUUAUACACGUGCAUGUCGUAUUGAAGAAAUUCCCCUACUACAAGCAAACAUUGAACCAGAAGCUAUGGAAUCACGUCAAUUAUUUGAACAAAGUGUUCGAGAAAUUGAAGAACUUUCAAAAGCUGAACAUACACGACUGUUGAAAGAACGCAAUCGAUUAAUUCGAAUGAAACCCGAUGUUCAGCGUCUUGUUAGUCAAUUAAAAGAAGCUCGUGAUAAUCGUUAUCGAGUUAAACUAGCCGAAUGGGAAGCUUUGUGUGAUCAAACACGAUCGGAAAGAUUAGCUGAAAGAAGAGCUAAACAUGAAGCUGAAUUAGAAGCGGAGGCACGUCGUCGAGCUGAACAAGAAGCUAUAGAACGUGAAGAACAAAGACAACGUGAACUAGCUGAAGAAGCGGAACGUCAAAAACGUGAACAAGAAGCUAAAGAAGCAGCAGAACGUGAAGCUGCACGACGUGAAGAAGAGGCCAAAUCAUGGAUACGUGGUGAUAUUAGAAAAGAUGAAGCUGUUGUAUCAGUUAGUGCUUUUGGUCGAAAUCGUCUAUCGGAAAUUCCUGCCAGUGCUGGUAACGCUUUUCGUGACUACCGACGUGACGAUCAAUCGAAACAAUCAGAUUUUAAUCGGUUGUCAAGUGGUAAACGAGUUGGUUUCGAUAAUACACCACCGCUUCGUAGCGAUCCUUCGAAAGAUACUUGGAGUCGAGGUGGACCACGAAAGACUAUCGCUUCUGAAUUCGAUUCAUUUUCACAUGAUGAUGAUUCUGGUAAUGCUGGUGGUUGGACUCAGGUUGGACCACGUCGAGAAACUGAACGAACAAGACCAUUCGGUCGAGGUGGUGGUACAAUGGGUAGUUCAUUCAAUCGAUCAUUUAAAAAUUCCGAUAUGGACACCGGUGGUUCAACUCCUUGGCGUAGAGAAGGUCCAAAUGCCCCAGUCGGGAAUUCAAAAGUGUUUGAAGAAAUGCGAGGUGGUAAUGUAAAACGACCGUUUGGUGGUUCAGGAUUUCCUUCACGAAUUUCUAGUGGAUUAUCUGACGACAGGAAGUAA